GCCCCUCCACCAUAAUCAUCAAUGAUAAACUUUAAUUAAGUGAAUUACAGGGAGUAAAUAUCCAUCGAGGCUUCCAAAAUGCCAGUCAUGACUGAGAUUGAUACCAGACCUGAAGAUGUUGGCCAGAUCCUUGUCAAAGUUCAAGAUGACCUACGACAGCUGAAAGAACAAUUGUUGGCUCAGGGGGAUGGACGCACCAUCAACGUAGCUGACUUGGAGACGGCCCUUGCCAAGACAGAAAAGGGGCUGCAGCGUCGUACCGAAGAAGUCGUCCACCAAAUCAAUAACUCUGUAACAACUUUGCCAUUGUCGGACUCGAGGACCCACGAUGACCACUUCACUACGCUGGACACAACGUGGGACUUGCGCCAUCAUGGAAGGUUGGGUGCAGCUAAACAAGCUAGUUAUUAUAGUCAACAGCCACAUCCAGUGUUGGGGGGCAGGCCGUCCUUCCAGCCACUACCCCCUGGGGCAAAACUACCCCUCAGACAACCGGUGCAGAGCCAGGGUCUUACACCUGGACAACAGCACAAGCAGCAGUGGGGUCUACGAGCAGUCUACAACCCGUACAACUCACAGAGUCGGAGCGUCCUUCAGGAGAAUUAUGGCAUCCAACUACCUCUCAUUGCAGACAAGAGAGAGGCAAGGCCCCCACCAAAGCCAGUAAUGGGCUCAACUAUAGAACACUUGAGUGUGUUGCCCAAAGCCAACAGGGUUGAUGCUCAGCUUGCUCCUCCCCCGAUCAAUGAGGAUGAUGCUCAGAUGGGAAUCCUGAGUCUGUUGGAGAGAGGUCUGAUACCACCAGCUGCCCAGCUGACCCUUGACCCCUCCCCAGUCAAACAAAUGGUGGCACCUUUACACGACCCUCAAGACCGGAACAAACCACCAGCUAUAUCAGAUUCGGGCAAACAGUAUGCAGGGCUCCACCUUGACAACCAGUAUGACAGGGUGUCUGAGUCCUACAUUUCUUCUAACAAGAUGCCAUCGAUGCCAUCUAAAGUGUGCCCCUCGCCUGAAACCCGUUCCACGUCUGCUCGCACCAGAAUGUCGUCUGCUACCGGCUUUUCCAAAACCCCAGCCACCAUCAGGACAUAUGAAAUGCCCCUUCAGCCCCUGCUUCCACCAUUGCCUCCCCCGACGACGCCAGCCAGCGGGGACUUUAAGGCCCUCAGCCACAGGUUCGCUCUUCAGAACGGGAAGGUGCGGGACUCACAGCCCGAGUUUCUGGCCUUCAAACAGCACUACUGUCUGACCUGGGGCAGCAUAGUUUCAAUGAUCCGCCACCUGGAGAGACUGAUGACGAAAUACUCUGUGCCGGUCGCCUUCAUCAGUGGAGACAAACUGGCCGAUCUGUCCAUGGAGUUUGAGCUGGAGCGACCCCCGACUGUGGAGGACCUGCUGACAGUGAUAGUCAACCGGGAGGACGUGGAGGCCAUCAUACGUAGGCCGGGUCGUCGCUAUCUUGGUUACAAUGGCCAGCAGGUGGCUGCCACUCAUAUCCAGGCAUCAUGGCGCCGGUACAAGGACAGAUCCGUGUACCUGGACUACCGGCGCCACAAGUGGGCUGCAGGUGUGAUUGCAAUCUCCUGGAUCAUGCACAUCAAGAUGGUGAAGGUCCGGCAGCAGCUGAAACAGACCCGACUAGACCAGCUGGAGAGCUUCAAGAUGAGGUCAAAGAAAUUUGCCUCAUCCUGGGAUCGGAUCAAGAUGUCCAAGCGUGUGGUCAUCCAUCUGCCAUCUCUUGGACUGAUCCAGAGUAUCCGGGACAGUAUACACGAAUUUGGGAUCCGCCAGAACACCCAGAUGGCCAGGCUGUGUGACAUCAGAGAUCCCAAUGUUGAUGUAAUCUUUGUGUCCCCCGUGCCUCUGAGUGAUGAGACGCUACAGUACUACUUCAAACUGCUGGGGCUUAAGUCGGCCGUAGACAGUGGUGUGGUCGAGGACCAGUGUGACAUGGCAGAGAGGUACAAGAUCAUCGUUCCCGAGGCCAUCAAGAGUUUCCCAACUCAUCGGAUGUGUCUUGCCACGCUGCUCAGAUACAGCCCGGAGACACUGAAGAGGAUCAAGAACCUGAUCCGUGGCCGUGAAGCGUUCAUCGUGACCGGGAUCCCCCACAAGGAUGACCUGGCCGUGGCUGACAUCCUGGAUGUGCCGAUCUUGUCACCAGAGCCAGAUGUAGCUCACCUGUACUCAACCAAAUCAGGGAGUAAGAGGAUCUUCAACAGUGCUGGGGUGGACGUCCCACCCGGAGAGUACGAUAUCUACAGUCUCGGUCAGCUUCACGAGUGCCUUGCCCAGCUGGUCACAGAGAACCUGACAGUCAAGCGCUGGCUGUUCAAGCUAGAUGAUGAGUUUGAUGGCCGUGGUAUUGCCUACUGUGACAUCGCCGGCUACCUCAAGUGCCACAACUGGGCUCUCAAGGAGUCACACCGGUAUGGAGAAAAGUGGAGCAAGAAGUGGGCACAGGAAGCUGCUUACAUCAAGAUCCAUGCUGAGAUCCCAGAUGUCCUCUCUGAGCAUGGGACACCCAUCAACACUGACAUCUACAAAACAUGGGACACAUUUCUGGAAGCAUUUUUAAGUCAAGGUGGCGUGAUUGAAGCAUGUCCACCUUCUGAGAGCAUCACGUGUGUCACGGUCGACAUGAUGAUUGAGCCCAGCGGCGUCAUCAACAUUCUCACGUGCGGAGAUCAGAUCCACGCGGAGACGCCCUUCUCCUGCUGGGGCCUGUCCCUCCCUCAGUCUUCCAUUGAGCCCGACACUCUCAACACGGCAUGUUACAAAGUGGCCGAGGCAUGCAAGUCCAGGGGCAUUGUGGGAUAUUACACCAUAGAUUUUGUCACAUUUAUUGAUGGAAAGACGAUGGAACAGAGGCUGUGGGCCCUGGACUUGAGUCUCCGAUACAGCGACACCCUCGCCAUGUUCCAGCUGGUGUGCUACGUCACUGCCGGCUCCCUCGACACCGACACACACACACUCAACGUCUCACCAAGCAAGACAGACAAGAAACCCAAACGCCGGAGACUGCACGGGCAGGAGGAGGACUCUCCCAGUUCCACUCGCUAUGCCGUGAUGAGUACACAUCUGCUCCACACAAACCUGGCCGUCGUCCAUUAUAGCGUGUUCUUCCAGAUGUGUCGGGCACAUGGCAUAGGAUAUGACAUCAAGGAGAAGCAGGGUACUGUGUUCACCCUAGUGGACAGCUUCAACAGGGAGAGACUGGGAAUGCUCACCAUCGGGGACAACCUACAAGGGGGACUUGCUACGUUUGCUCGCAACAUGUCCGUCAUCCACCAAGAGAUCUCGGCACCCAACAUGCAGGGCAAGACUAACUUCAAGGGCGCCAUAGAGGAUAUAGAGGGAAUUCUGGGAACAACAAUCCAGAAUGCGGAGGAACAGUUGGAGGAGGCGCAGAACGAGGACGAGGCCUAGGACCAGCAUUACCCUCAUCACAGGGGGAGAUCAUAUCCUCCAUGAUCAACACUAAAAACUGCUGAACAUGCAAAGCCAAAUGGAUUUUACAAAGUAUUAACACACCCUUGAAAACUCAUUCACAAUGCCAUCCCAAACCCUUCCAUUUGAACUUAACUAUAUAUGAUAUGUUACGUUUGAAAAUAAAACUAAUAUUUAAUAUUUCACCGGGUAAAUUAAAUACAUACAACUUGAAAGUUCAGGACUGAAAUGUUACGAGUUGGUUAGUAUAAUCAUGUUACCAUGGUUACUGGCAAUAUUGUUGGGGUAAGAAACCAGAUGCAUUUUCUGUCAUCAGUUUAUUUUAAUUUUUUCUUAUAUUAUUUCCACACAAUGAGAAUCUGUACAGAUGUAUUGCAGAGUAUGGUUAAUGACGAUGUCAACAUGUUAUAUACACCUGUUGUCUACUGGGGAUGCAACCAUGGGUCCACCUGCUGCUUCAUCACACUUGUCUACCCGAUGCUAAUACAUUAAUAAGCUAAAAUUUCAACUGUUUGUAAUGUUCAUUAUUUACUUCUAAAUUCACUUUGAUCCAAAAUACACCUUGUUUAAAGAGACUUGUGAAUAACAUUUUGAAAAAGUUUCAUAAGUUACUGUCAGACAAUAAUCCGACGUAUCUCCAUUACUCCCACUCUGCUGAAUCGGGAACAUCUAAUGCUGUGUCAUCAUGUCAAAUUAAGCAAGGAAAUCUAUGUUGUGGGAUGACACAGGUAGUUAUGAAACUAUGCCUUCAAUAGUCACCUCAGUUAUUCAUGUUGUAUACCACUCAACUUUUGAUAAGGAUUCUAAGAUACUUCGUAAAAUUCUUCAUAAAAUUACAUGUUAUAAAUUACACACAUAAGUGGGAUGAGUCAAGAGAUAAUAAUAAUAUCCCUAUCAAAAGAUGAAAAGUAUAUAUAUGGUUAUUGAUCUCUCCUCACAUCAACUGAAGAUGUUUGAACUAUGCUGCUGUGUUGUCGGGGUGAAAAGAUACAUCGGUGCAUCGUGAGUUUUCUUGCAACGAUACGAUACAUUUUUUUUCUGUCUCGAUACACGAUGUUAUACUUCGUAAAAUAAAUUGCUUGCUACUCAUUUAUGACCCCUAACAUUUUUGGGUCAGUCAAAUAUCACAAAAUGUGUUUAACUAGCUUUUCAAGUUCACUACCAAAAUAGCCGCUGCAAACGUGUCUACAACUAGCUUUUCCUUUUGAUCCUGCUCUGAAAUAUUUAUUUCAUGAACAUCAUGAAGUUUACAUGGGAUUUGAUGUAAAUAUGUGUAUCACGCUACGUAUCAUAUUGUGGCCCAUGUAUCAUGAUAUGUAUCGUAUUGUGGCCCAUGUAUGGUGAUACGUAUUGUAUCAUGGCCAUGUGUCGUGAUAUGUAUCAUAUCGUGGCCCAUAUAUCAUGAUAAGUAUUGUAUCAUGCCCAUGUAUCGUGAUACGUAUUGUACCAUGGCCCAUGUAUCGUGAUACGUAUUGUAUCGUGACUUGGCUGUAUCGUUUCACCCCUGCUGUGUUAAGGAUGCUACUAUGUUUAUGGAUUCUGUUGCUGUUGUGUUUCUUAAAGCGUGGUUGGUUUGGUUUUCUGAAAGGUUGGCGCUUUGGUUUUUCAAGUUUUAAGACAAUUGACCCGAAUCUCGUUGUACAAUCCCUAAUCAUCAUGAUCAUCACGACAGGUUCGGCUUACAGAGAGACAUUGUGGAAACAUUGAAGAUUUGCAGGUUGUAACUGUCCAUGAUGUUUCAUCAUUACUCAAACAGGUUCUUAUUUGUAAAUAAUAACUGUAAAUAUAUAAUCAACGCAAUGUACAUAAUAUAACAUAUUUUCAUCAUUUUAAUCAAAUAUAAUCAUUAACCAUGGGUGCAAUUUUUGACUAUACAUUAUUUGUGUUUUAUGUAAAUUAACGUGUAUCAUUUUCUAUGUAUCUUACCUGUAGAUGUCAAACAACAUUCCACAGAGUGGUACGCACACGAUAUAUCGUAUCUAUAAGCACUAUGGGAAGCUUUUUUUGCAAUAAACUGAUACUCUCAGUUUAUCCCAUAUUUACAAAGCAAUUAUGUAUUGAUGAUUUUAAAAUAUUUUUUUUCUUUUUUAUAUCAUUAUCCGUCCACUGUAAUAACCAAAGUAUUAAAUAUUCCAAUUUCCUGUAUGUUAUGCUAAUGUUGGAGACACAAAUAGAUGUCUGGUUACAACUGUGAUAUGAACGUGUUGUGCAUUAUUCAUUGUACAUUGAUUGUCGCUGAACAGGUUUUUUCCACUGUUGUAGCAUAUGCUAAAUACAACACGUAUCCUGUCAGCAUAUGCCUUCAGAAGUAGUGUCUGUCUUCCAUUGAACCGUCCGUGACAGUGCUGUACACGUUGCCUUCUCCAUCACAGCGUGUUCAGUGGAUGUAGGUGGGAUGCAGGGCCAGUAAUCUGCUAACAGUUCAUAUAUACUGCUAUGGUUCUGGAUUAAGUUCACGGUAUUCUUGUCACGGGGUAGUUUAUUGCACUGCAAAUUUGGGGUAUUACAGUGAUUUUAAUAUUUUCUAAUUGAUCAUGAAAAUGUAUCAGCGCUUCUAAGAUGGUAAACUGUUGUUCCAGUUUCAGUUGAUGAAAUACUCUUAAUCUAUUUCACAAGGAUGAAGAAUUUGUUGUUAGAAUGAUCUACAAAAUAAAGACACUGAAUCUCACAACCGUAACAUGCAUAAGUCCCUUCCACAAUUAUUCCUAGCAUGACCAUUGUACAGUGAACCCUCGUUAAUCCGGAUUGUAAAACUUACCUGGAUCAGCAAAUGUCCAUAUUAACAUUGAUUAACAAUUAUUGAUGCUAAGUAAUGUUGCCUUGUGUAUAUGUACUACUCAAAAGAAAUUAGAGAACACACAUUUUUUUUAUGACUAAAGUCAGCCAUGACAGUCAUGUGAAAAAGGAUGUUCUUUAACUUCUUUUGAGUAGUAUAUAUUCCAGUCAUGAUGGACUUACAAGCUUUAACUGUAUUUGUGAAACUAUGUAUGGUAGUGACAAUGCUCAGAGUGCUUGUUCCUAGCUGGACGAUGCUCCCAUGGCCAAACAAUGUACUGGAUCAGUGUUGUCUCAGUACGUGCUCCUGAUGUUAUCUGUGCUGAUAACGCAGAGAUGUCAUACCAAAGGUUUUUGAAACUGCUGUCUAAAGGAAUAUCAAGAACAUUCCACUUCAAUAUAUAAACCUUGAAGCAUU